CACUGAUGAUCAGUGUGCCCUGAUGAUCAGUGUAGCCCCAGCAGUGCCACCUGUCAAAGUCCAUCAGUGCCAGCUGUCAGUGCCAAUCAGUGCCAAUCAGUGCGACAUAUCAGUGCAUAAAUGCAAUUUCUCCUGCGCUCCAGGACCCAGGCCGGUGGUGACUGACAGAGUCAGCGCUGCCUAACAGUGCCAUAUAUCAGUGCUGCCUUUCAGUGCCCAUCAGUGAUGCCUGUCAAUGCCCAUCAGUGCCACCUACCAGUGCCUCCUCAUCAGUGCCCAUCAGUGCCACCUAUCAGUGUCUAUCAGUGCAGCCUAUCAGUGCCCAUCACUGCAGCCUCAUUAGCGCACAUCAGUGAAAGAGAAAAAUCACUUACUUACAAAAUUUUAUAA